AUGGGGGAUUGGAACUUGUUGGGGAGUAUCUUAGAAGAGGUACAUAUUCAUUCAACCAUCGUGGGAAAAAUCUGGCUAACCAUCCUUUUCAUAUUCCGGAUGCUCGUUCUUGGCGUGGCAGCAGAGGAUGUUUGGGACGAUGAGCAGAGUGAGUUUGUGUGCAACACUGACCAGCCUGGGUGUAAGAACGUGUGCUACGACGAUGCAUUCCCCAUUUCUCUUAUCCGAUACUGGGUGUUACAAAUCAUUUUCGUGUCCUCUCCCUCUCUGGUGUACAUGGGACAUGCACUGUACCGUUUGAGGGCCCUUGAAAAAGAGAGACACAAGAAAAAAGCUUUCCUGAAAGCAGAGCUAGAGGGCGCUGAGCCCAUUCAUGAGGACAGACAGAGGAUAGAGAGGGAGCUGAGGAAGCUGGAGGAACAGAAGAGAGUAAGGAAAGCUCCACUCAGGGGCUCCUUGCUUCGCACAUAUGUCUUCCAUAUCUUGACGAGGUCAGUGGUGGAGAUUGGCUUCAUAGUGGGACAAUAUGUGCUGUACGGAGUUGGACUGGAUCCUUUGUACAAAUGUGAGAGAUUGCCUUGCCCGAACAGUGUGGAUUGCUUUGUGUCCAGACCAACUGAGAAGAACAUUUUCAUGAUCUUCAUGCUCGUCAUCGCUGGGGUUUCUUUGUUCUUGAAUCUCCUCGAGAUAUUCCACCUGGGAGUGAAGAAAGUCAAACAAAGUCUGUAUGGAAAUAAAGGCACUGAUGAUGAAAGCUUAUUAGCUUUCAGGUCCAAGAAAAACUCCAUGGUCCAGCAGGUGUGUGUCCUUACAAACUCAUCACCCCAAAAGAUGAUGCAGCUCACUCAGACGGCCUACACAAUGGUCCCUAACAGCCAUGUGGAUGCUGUCCCCUUGUACCUGCAUUCGGUAGCUCCUCACAACGAUAGUGGUGGCACCAACGACUCAGAGCAGUACCCCAGACAGACUGAGCUCCAGUCCCUGCGACAGCUGGGGACCGUGGAGCAUCACUACACCCUGGACCAGAGGAACCCCUCAUGCAGCAGUGAGGAUUCCAACGGACCUAAAGGCUCAGGCCAUCCCAGGCACGGCGGAGCACAGCCACGGCCUUCCCUCAUGGCUAGCCAUAUGGAGAUACCAGCAGCCCUGUGGAACCAGCUACGCAAACAGAGCCGGGUCAGCGCUCUGCAGGACUACAGUGACAUGAGUGAUUCACCUGACAGUGGUCACUAUCCCACGGGGAGGAAGGCUAGUUUCAUGUCCCGGGGACUCUCUCAGAGCAACCUGGACAGUCCUUCUGAUAGCCCGAACUCCGGGAGUGGGACGGACACAGAGGCCAAGCGUAUCGCCCAAGGAGAGAGCCCACCUAUGACCCCGCCUCCAGCCAGUGGACGUAGAAUGUCAAUGAGCAUGAUUCUGGAACUGUCUUCAAUCAUGAAAAAGUGAGAACUGGCUGAGGGACCAGAAGAAUCUGGGGACCCUGAUCACGAAGCAACAUUCCCCUUCUAAUUGCCUAAUUGUAUUCAUAAUAACAUAUGUAUUGUGGAUGAGCAGUAAGCGCAUUAGUAUAGUUACACUGAACAAGAAUAUAAAUGCAUCAUGCAACAAUUUCUAAGAUUUUUCCGAGUUACAGUUCAUAUAAGGACAUCAGUCAAUUUAUAUAAAUUCAUUUCGCCCUAAUCAAUGGAUUUCACAUGACUGGGAGUACGGAUAUGCAUCUGUUGGUCACAGAUACCUUUAAAAAAAGGUAGGGGCGUGGAUCAGAAAGCCCAUCAGUAUCUGGUGUGACCACUAUUUGCCUCGUGCAGCGCGACAUCUUCUUCGCAUAGAGUUGAUCAGGCUGUUGAUUGUGGCCUGUGGAAUGUUGUCUCCUCUUCAAUGGCUGUGCAGAGUUGCUGGAUAUUGACGGGAACUGGAACACGCUGUCGUACACGUUGAUCCAGAGCAUCCCAAACAUGCUCAAUGGGUGACAUGUCUGGUGAGUAUGCAGGCCAUGGAACAACUGGAACAUUGGUGGUCAGCUUCCAGGAAUUGUUUACAGAUCCUUGCAAUAUGGGGCCAGGCAUUAUGCUGAAACAUAAGGUGAUGGCGGCGGAUGAAUGGCACGACAAUGGGCCUCAGGAUCUCAUCAAAGUAUUGGUAGCUUAUGUCUACCCCAUCACCACCAUGGGGCACUCUGUUCACAACGUUGUCAUCAGCAAACCACUCACCCACACCAAGCCGUACAUGCUGUCUGCCAUCUACCCGGUACAGUUGAAACCGGGAUUCAUCCGUGAAGAGCACACUUCUCCAGCGUGCGAGUGGCCAUCAAAACUGAGCAUUUGCCCACUGAAGUCAGAUAUGACACCAAACUGCAGUCAGGUCAAGACCCUGGGGAGGAUGACGAGCACGCAGAUAAGCUUCCCUGAAACGGUUUCAUCAGCUGUCCAGGUGGCUGGUCUCAGACGAUCCCACAGGUGAAGAAGCCUGAUGUGGAAGUCCUAGUCUAGCGUGGUUACACAUGGUCUGCGGUUGUGAGGCCGGUUGGACGCGCUGCCAAAUUCUCCAAAACAACAUUGGAGGGGUCUUAAGGGAAGAGAAAUGAACAUUCAAUUAUCUGGCAACAGCUCUGGUGGACAUUCCAGCAAUCAGCAUGCCAAUUGCACACUCCCUCAAAACAGUGUAUGUUUGCAUGGGUAGUUCUAAUUUCAAAUUUUAGAUAUGUCACAUGCUAUCUUUGCAAGAAAUAUCUGUGGCAUCAAAUGCAAUUGCAUUAGUGGAAUUUUAUAUUUUUUGUCAAAGUGAUACUGCAAGCUACUUGUAGUGACAUUUUGCACACAUUAAAAUGACAUUUUGCUAAAAGAUUGAUAAUACAUGUCAAUACAUGUAAAACAUUGUGGGAUAUGAUGAUAAACUCCACUAUGUAUGUACAUAUUUUAUCUCAAAAUGUAAAUAUGAUAAUUUUUUUAAGCACUUUGAUAUUGUUUAUCAUACAGAACGAUGAUAAAGUUGGAGAUGGAAGUGCUCUUCAAAUUUAACAAAAUGUGAAUUUAUUGAUGAAUAUCUUGAAAUGUUUUGUAAACCCUGCAAUGGAUGCUUUACAAAAAAUGUAAUACAAUAUCUUAAACUUUCUUGAUAUCGUUGAGAAAUCUAUAACCUGUUUGCUUGUACAUAAUGUUUUUCUGGGAUCUGAUGUACAACUAUUAAAAUGCAAACGUGAACAGUCA